AUGCGGGCGCGGGCGCGCGGUGCGAUCGCGCGCGCGUCGACGUCGACGUCGGCGCCCGCGCGCGCGACGCGACGGCGACGACGGGCGGCGGCGACGCCGCGACGCGGGCGACGGGACAUCGCGCGCGCGCUGUUCGAGAGCGUGCCCACGGGAAACCCCGGAACGGAUCCCUCGGACUGGGGCCUGUUCGCCGCGGCGUCGGUGGGGACGUUCCGGGACGCCACCGCGCUCGUGGCGACGGCGUUGGGGGUGAGCGCGUCGGUGGACGCGCAGCGGGAGAAAAAGAUACGGGAGGAUGAAGACGUGCGACGCGAGUACGGAUUCGAUCUCCCGAGUGCGUCGGGGGAUGGUGGUGGGUCCAUCGGUUCGGGUGACGGUCGGGGAUGGGGGGGUGAUGAUGGCGAUUGGGGAUCGGACGAUCGCCGGUCGCGCCUGCGGAGGUUCGUGUGGGUUCGAGGCGGACGGAACGGGUUCAAGUGGUUGGCGAUGUUUUUGUUGUGCGCUUGGUGGUGUUACUUCAUCACGGAUGAUCCGUACAUGGGUACGCUUUGGUUGGCGUGCGCGAUCGCGUGCGGGUGGGGGGUGUUCGUCAUCGCCGGGGCGGUGUUCGUCGCGGCUUUUCUGGCCAACUUCGUCUUGCAGCAGUACCUCGUGGACAAGCUAGAUGAUGUGCACGGAGAGGAGAAGCUGGGGUUCUUCGAUUCGCUGUUCAACAACAAGCGCGCUGUGGACAAUAUCAAGAGCGGGCGAUACUCGAAGACGAUUCCGGAGUACAUCAUGGAGUCGGAGAAUCGGAAUAAACACCUCAAUCCGAAUUUGCCGCAGGAUGUCAACAUCGUGGGAACGGACACUCAGAUCGCGCAAAUCAAGCUCUCUCCGGGAGAAGAGGUCGCCGCGAGUCCGGGGGCGAUGUGUUACAUGAGCUCAAAUGUGAUGUCCGUCACUUCGUUGGGUCCGGGAGGUCUGCCGCGCGCCAUCAUGCGCGCGCUCGCGGGCGAGCCCUUCUUUCUGAAUACGUUUAAAAACUUGGGAGUCACAGAGGGAUACAUCGCGGUUGGCGGAUUGGAACCGAGCGAUAAGAUCGCUGUGAUCGAACUGAAGGAUGAGAUCAAGCAUGACAUCCUGUGUGCGCGUGAUUCGUACAUGUGCUCGAAGGGCAACGUGCGCAUCACCGCCGCCGCGGCGCUUCGAUCCGGCGUGGACGAUUUCGACUCUUUCAGCGACAUGCUCAAGUAUCGCAUCGGCCUUGCCGCUCGAUUGGUACUCUCCAAGGGUAACAGCAUCUUCAAUGGUGAGUGGCUCACGGGAAGUGGCACGGUAUGCAUCACGGGCAAAGGCACGGUCGUUCGAAGAACAUUGAAAAAGGAUGAAGAACUCGUUGUCGAUGCGCGCUCCGUCAUGGCGCUCGAGCGUUCCGUCGGGUACGAGCUCGAGGUACAGAACUCGCCGCUCGCGGCAGUUUUCGGGGGCGCCGGUCUCUUCUUCGUUCGUCUUCAGGGCCCGGGCACGUUCUAUCUUCAAUCGCUUCCGGUGCAGAAGCAACUCGACUCUGGUUUCCGUUUAGGCGGUCGCAAGCUCAAGGUGAAGACGCAGUGA